AUGCUAGGCCCUUGUUCUUUUUAUUUUGCACACGCUAGGCCAUUCUCCCGCUUUCCAUCACCCCGCCCCAUUCUCCCGCUUUCCAUCACCCCGCCCCAUUCUCCCUCUUUCCAUCAUCCCGCCCCAUUCUCCCUUCUUCCAUCACCCCGCCCCAUUCUUUCGCUUCCCAUCGUCCCGCCCCAUUCCCCCGCUUUCCAUCACCCCUCCCCAUUCUCCCUCCUUCCAUCACCCCACCCCAUUCUCUCGCUUUCCAUCACCCCGCCCCAUUCUCCCGCUUUCCAUCACCCCGCCCCAUUUUCCCGCUUUCCAUCACUCCGCCCCAUUAUCCCUCCUUCCAUCACCCCGCCCCAUUCUCCCUCCUUCCAUCACCCCGCCCCAUUCUCCUGCUUUCCAUCACCCCGCCUCAUUCACCCGCUUCCCAUAACCCCACCCCAUUCUCCCGCUUUCCAUCACCCCGCCACAUUCUCCCACUUUCCAUCACCCCGCCCCCUUCUCUCUCCUUCGAUCACCCCGCCCCAUUCUCCCUCCUUCCAUCACCCCGCCCCAUUCUCCCGCUUUCCAUCAGCCCGCCCCAUUCUCCCGCUUUCCAUCACCCCUCCCCUUUCUCCCGCUUUCCAUCUCCCCGCCCCAUUCUCCCGCUUUCCAUCACCCCGCCCCAUUCUCCCGCUUUCUAUCACCCCGCCCCAUUCUUCCGCUUCCCAUCAUCUUGCCCCAUUCCCCCGCUUUCCAUCACCCCUCCCCAUUCUCCCUCCUUCAAUCACCCCGCCCCAUUCUCUCGCUUUCCAUCACCCCGCCCCAUUCUCCCGCUUUCCAUCACGCCGCCCCAUUCUCCCGCUUUCCAUCACCCCGCCCCAUUCUCCCUCCUUCCAUCACCCCGCCCCAUUCUCCCGCUUUCCAUCACCCCACCCCAUUCUCCCUCCUUCCAUCACCCCGCCCCAUUCUCCCUCAUUCCAUCACCCCGCCCCAUUCUCCCGCUUUCCAUCACCCAGCCCCAUUCUCCCGCUUCCCAUAACCCCACCCCAUUCUCCCACUUUCCAUCACCCCGCCACAUUUUCCCACUUUCCAUCACCCCGCCCCCUUCUCUCUCCUUCCAUCACCCCGCCCCAUUCUCCCUCCUUCCAUCACCCCGCCCCAUUCUCCCGCUUUCCAUCAGCCCGCCCCAUUCUUCCGCUUUCCAUCAUCCCGCCCCUUUCUCCCGCUUUCCAUCUCCCCGCCCCAUUCUCGCGCUUUCCAUCACCCCGCCCCAUUCUCCCGCUUUCCAUCACCCCGCCCCAUUCUUCCGCUUCCCAUCAUCCCGCCCCAUUCCACCGCUUUCCAUCACCCCUCCCCAUUCUCCCUCCUUCCAUCACCCCCCCGCCCCAUUCUCUCGCUUUCCAUCACCCCGCCCCUUUCUCCCGCUUUCCAUCUCCCCGCCCCAUUCUCCCGCUUUCCAUCACCCCACCCCAUUCUCCCGCUUUCCAUCACCCCGCCCCAUUCUUCCGCUUCCCAUCAUCCCGCCCCUUUUCCCCGCUUUCCAUCACCCCUCCCCAUUCUUCCUCCUACCAUCACCCCGCCCCAUUCUCCCGCUUUCCAUCACCCUGCCCCAUUCUCCCUCCUUCCAUCACCCUGCCCCAUUCUCUCGCUUUCCAUCACCCCGCCCCAUUCUCCCACUUUCCAUCACGCCGCCCCAUUCUCCCGCUUUCCAUCACCCCGCCCCAUUCUCCCUCCUUCCAUCACCCCGCCCCAUUCCCGCCCCAUUCUCCCGCUUUCCAUCACCCCGCCCCAUUCUCCCGCUUUCCAUCUCCCCGCCCCAUUCUCCCGCUUUCCAUCACCCCGCCCCAUUCUCCCGCUUUCCAUCACCCCGCCCCAUGCUUCCGCUUCCCAUCAUCCCGCCCCAUUCCCCCGCUUUCCAUCACCCCUCCCCAUUCUCCCUCCUUCCAUCACCCCACCCCAUUCUCUCCCUUUCCAUCACCCCGCCCCAUUCUCCCGCUUUCCAUCGACCCGCCCCAUUCUCCCGCUUUCCAUCACCCCGCCCCAAUCUCCCUCCUUCCAUCACCCCGCCCAUUCUUCCGCUUUCCAUUACCCCGCCCCAAUCCCCCUCCUUCCAUCACCCGGCCCCAUUCUCCCUCAUUCCAUCACCCCGCCCCAUUCUCCCGCUUUCCAUCACCACGCCCCAUUCUCCCGCUUCCCAUAACCCCACCCCAUUCUCCCGCUUUCCAUCACCCCGCCACAUUUUCCCACUUUCCAUCACCCCGCCCCCUUCUCUCUCCUUCCAUCACCCCGCCCCAUUCUCCCUCCUUCCAUCACCCCGCCCCAUUCUCCCGCUUUCCAUCAGCCCGCCCCAUUCUCCCGCUUUCCAUCACCCCGCCCCUUUCUCCCGCUUUCCAUCUCCCCGCCCCAUUCUCCCGCUUUCCAUCACCCCGCCCCAUUCUCCUGCUUUCCAUCACCCCGCCCCAUUCUUCCGCUUCCCAUCACCCUGCCCCAUUCCUCCACUUUCCAUCACCCCUCCCCAUUCUCCCUCCUUCCAUCACCCCGCCCCAUUCUCCCCCUUUCCAUCACCCGCCCCAUUCUCCAGCUUACCAUCACCCCGCCCCAUUCUCCCGCUUUCCAUCACCCCGCCCCAUUCUCCAGCUUUCCAUCACCCCGCCCCAUUCUCCCGCUUUCCAUCAACCCGCCCCAUUCUCCCGCUUUCCAUCACCCCGCCCCGUUCUCCUGCUUUCCAUCACCCGGCCCCAUUCUCCCGCUUUCCAUAACCCCGCCCCAUUCUCCCGCUUUCCAUCACCCCGCCCCAUUCUCCUCCUUUCCAUCACCCCGCCCCAUUCUUCCGCUUUCCAUCACCCCGCCCCAUUCACCCCGCCCCAUUCUCCCUCUUUCCAUCAACCCUCCCCAUUCUCCCGCUUUUCUUCACCCCGCCCCAUUCUCCCUCUUUCCAUCACCCCACCCCAUUCUUCCGCUUUUCAUCACCCUGCCCCAUUCUCCCUCUUUUCUUCACCCCGCCCCAUUCCCCCUCUUUCCAUCAGCCCGCCCCAUUCUCCCGCUUUUCUUCACCCCGCCCCAUUCUUCCGCUUUUCAUCACCCCGCCCCAUUCUCCCGCUUUCCAUCACCCCGCCCCAUUCUCCCGCUUUCCAUCACCCCGCCCCAUUCUCCCGCUUUCCAUCACCCCGCCCCGUUCUCCCGCUUUCCAUCACUCCGCCCCAUUCUCCCGCUUUCCAUCACCCCGCCCUAUUCUCAAGCUUUCCAUCACCCGGCCCCAUUCUCCCGCUUUCCAUCACCCCGCCCCAUUCUCCCGCUUUCCAUCACCCCGCCCCAUUCUCCAGCUUUCCAUCACCCCGCCCCAUUCUCCCGCUUUCCAUCACCCCGCCCCAUUCUCCCGCUUUCCAUCACCCCGCCCCAUUCUCCCGCAUUCCAUCACCCCGCUCCUUUCUCCCUCUUUCCAUCACCCCGCCCCAUUCUCCCGCUUUCCAUCACCCAGCCCCAUUCUCCCGCUUUCCAUCACCCCACCCCAUUCUCCAACUUUCAUCACCCCGCCCCAUUCUCCCUCUUUUCAUCACCCCGCCCCAUUCUCCCUCUUUCCACCACCCCGCCCCAUUCUCCCCCUUUCCAUCACCCCGGCCCAUUCUCCCUAUUUCCAUCACCCCGCUCCAUUCUCCCACUUUCCAUCACCCCGCCCCAUUCCUUCGCUUUCCGUCACCCCGCCCCAUUCUCCCGCUUUCCAUCACCCCGCCCCAUUCUCCCUCUUUCCAUCACCCCGCCCCAGUCUCCCUCUUUUCAUCACCCCGCCCCAUUCUCCCUAUUUCCAUCACCCUGCCCCAUGCUCCCUCUUUCCAUCACCCCGCCCCAUCCUCCCUAUUUCCAUCACCCCGCCCCAUUCUUCCGCUUUCCAUCACCCCGCCCCAUUCUCCCGCUUUCCAUCAACCCGCCCAAUUCUCCCGCUUUCCAUCACCCCGCCCCAUUCUCCCGCUUUCCAUCACCCCACCCCAUUCUCCCGCUUUCCAUCACCCCGCCCCAUUCUCCCGCUUUCCAUCACCCCGCCCCAUUCUCCCGCUUUCCAUCACCCCGCCCCAUUCUUCCGCUUUCCAUCACCCCGCCCCAUUCACCCCGCCCCAUUCUCCCUCUUUCCAUCAACCCGCCCCAUUCUCCCGCUUUUCUUCACCCCGCCCCAUUCUCCCUCUUUCCAUCACCCCACCCCAUUAUUCCGUUGUUCAUCACCCUGCCCCAUUCUCCCUCUUUCCAUCACCCCGCCCCAUUCCCCCUCUUUCCAUCAGCUGGCCCCAUUCUCCCGCUUUUCUUCACCCCGCCCCAUUCUUCCGCUUUUCAUCACCCCGCCCCAUUCUCCCGCUUUCCAUCACCCCGCCCCAUUCUCCCUCUUUCCAUCACCCCGCCCCAGUCUCCCUCUUUUUAUCACCCCGCCCAAUUCUCCCUAUUUCCAUCACCCUGCCCCAUGCUCCCUCUUUCCAUCACCCCGCCCCAUCCUCCCUGUUUCCAUCACCCCGCCCCAUUCUUCCGCUUUCCAUCACCCCGCCCCAUUCUCCAGCUUACCAUCACCCCGCCCCAUUCUCCCGCUUUCCAUCACCCCGCCCCAUUCUCCAGCUUUCCAUAACCCCGCCCCAUUCUCCCGCUUUCCAUCAACCCGCCCAAUUCUCCCGCGUUCCAUCACCCCGCCCCAUUCUCCCGCUUUCUAUCAUCCCGCCCCAUUCUCCCGCUUUCCAUCACCUCGCCCUAUUCUCCCGCUUUCCACCACCCUGCCCCAUUCUCCCGCUUUCCAUCACCCUGCCCCAUUCUCCCGCUUUCCAUCACCCCGCCCCAUUCUCCCGCUUUCCAUCACCCCGCCCCAUUCUCCCGCUUUCCAUCACCCUCCCCAUUUUCAAGCUUUCCAUCACCCCGCCCCAUUCUCCUGCUUUCCAUCACCCCGCCCCAUUCUCCCGCUUUCCAUCACCUCGCCCCAUUCUCCCGCUUUUCAUCACCCCGCCCCAUUCUCCCGCUUUCCAUCACCCCGGCCCAUUCUCCCGUUUUCCAUCACCCCGCCCCAUUCUCCUGCUUUCCAUCACCCCGCCCUAUUCUCCCGCUUUCCAUCACCCCGCCCCAUUCUCCCGCUUUCCAUCACCCCGUCCCAUUCUCCCUCUUUUCAUCACCCCGCCCCAUUCUCCCUCUUUCCACCACCCCGCCCCAUUCUCCCGCCUUCCAUCACCCCGGCCCAUUCUCCCUAUUUCCAUCACCCCGCUCCAUUCUCCCACUUUCCAUCACCCCGCCCCAUUCUCCCGCUUUCCGUCACCCCGCCCCAGUCUCCCUCCUUCCAUCACCCCGCCCCAUUCUCCCUAUUUCCAUCACCCUGCCCCAUGCUCCCUCUUUCCAUCACCCCGCCCCAUUCUUCCGCUUUCCAUCACCCCGCCCCAUUCUCCAGCUUACCAUUCCCCCGCCCCAUUCUCCCGCUUUCCAUCACCCCGCCCCAUUCUCCCGCUUUCCAUCACCCCGCCCCAUUCUCCCGCUUUCCAUCAACCCGCCCAAUUCUCCCGCUUUCCAUCACCCCGCCCCAUUCUCCCGCUUUCCAUCUCCCCGCCCCAUUCUCCCGCUUUCCAUCACCCCGCCCCAUUCUCCCGCUUUCCAUCACCCCGCCCCAUUCUCCCGCUUUCCAUCACCCUGCCCCAUUCUUCCGCUUUCCAUCACCCCGCCCCAUUCACCCCGCCCCAUUCUCCCCCUUGCCAUCAACCCGCCCCAUUCUCCCGCUUUUCUUCACCCCGCCCCAUUCUCCCUCUUUCCAUCACCCCACCCCAUUCUUCCGCUUUUCAUCACCCUGCCCCAUUCUCCCUCUUUCCUUCACCCCGCCCCAUUCCCCCUCUUUCCAUCACCCCGACCCAUUCUCCCGCUUUCCAUCACCCCGCCCCAUUCUCCCUCUUUCCAUCACCCCGCCCCAGUCUCCCUCUUUCCAUCACCCCGCCCCAUUCUCCCUAUUUCCAUCACCCUGCCCCAUGCUCCCUCUUUCCAUCACCCCGCCCCAUUCUUCCGCUUUCCAUCACCCCGCCCCAUUCUCCAGCUUACCAUCACCCCGCCCCAUUCUCCCGCUUUCCAUCACCCCGCCCCAUUCUCCCGCUUUCCAUCACCCCGCCCUAUUCUCCCGCUUUCCAUCAACCCGCCCAAUUCUCCCGCUUUCCAUCACCCCGCCCCAUUCUCCCGCUUUCCAUCACCCCACCCCAUUCUCCCGCUUUCCAUCACCCCGCCCCAUUCUCCCGCUUUCCAUCACCUUGCCCCAUUCUCCCGCUUUCCAUCACCCUGCCCCAUUCUUCCGCUUUCCAUCACCCCGCCCCAUUCACCCCGCCCCAUUCUCCCUCUUUCCAUCAACCCGCCCCAUUCUCCCGCUUUUCUUCACCCCGCCCCAUUCUCCCUCUUUCCAUCACCCCACCCCAUUCUUCCGCUUUUCAUCACCCUGCCCCAUUCUCCCUCUUUCCUUCACCCCGCCCCAUUCCCCCUCUUUCCAUCAGCCCGCCCCAUUCUCCCGCUUUUCUUCACCCCGCCCCAUUCUUCCGCUUUUCAUCACCCCGCCCCAUUCUCCCGCUUUCCAUCACCCCGCCUUAUUCUCCCGCUUUCCAUCACCCCGCCCCAUUCUCCCUCUUUCCAUCACCCCGCCCCGUUCUCCCGCUUUCCAUCACUCCGCCCCAUUCUUCCGCUUUUCAUCACCCCGCCCCAUUCUCCCGCUUUCCAUCACCCCGCCCUAUUCUCAAGCUUUCCAUCACCCGGCCCCAUUCUCCCGCUUUCCAUCACCCCGCCCCAUUCUCCCGCUUUCCAUCAACCCGCCCCAUUCUCCCGCUUCCCAUAACCCCAACCCAUUCUCCCGCUUUCCAUCACCCCGCCACAUUUUCCCACUUUCCAUCACCCCGCCCCCUUCUCUCUCCUUCCAUCACCCCGCCCCCUUCUCCUUCCUUCCAUCACCCCGCCCCAUUCUCCCGCUUUCCAUCAGCCCGCCCCAUUCUCCCGCUUUCUAUAACCCCGCCCCAUUCUCCCGCUUUCCAUCACCCCGCCCCAUUCUCCCGCUUUCCAUCACUCCGCCCCAUUCUCCCGCUUUCCAUCACCCCGACCCAUUCUCCCACUUUCCAUCACCCCGCCCCCUUCUCCCUCCUUUCAUCACCCUGCCCCAUUCUCCCGCCUUCCAUCACCCCGCCCCAUUCUCCCGCUUUCCAUCACCCCGCCCCAUUCUCCCGCUUUCCAUCACCCCGCCUCAUUCUCCCGCUUUCCAUCACCCCGCCCCAUUCUCCCGCUUUCCAUCAUCCCGCCCCAUUCUCCCGCUUUCCAUCAUCCCGCCCCAUUCUCCCUCCUUCCAUCACCCCGCCCCAUUCUCCCGCUUUCCAUCACUCCGCCCCAUUCUCCCUCCUUCCAUCACCCCGCCCCAUUCUCCCUUCUUCCAUCACCCCGCCCCAUUCUCCCGCUUUCCAUCACCCCGCCCCAUUCUCCCGCUUCCCAUAA